AUGAGCAUCAGCAACAGCAACAGCAACAGCAACUCCGACUGGCGCCUGGCUUUCGCGGCUGCUCUUGACGAGAGAGAUGCAAGAGAAAAGCAGUCAUUCGACCUCUUUGAGUCAUUCCACAGACUCGCCCUUCGCGCUACUGCUGCUGAGGCAGAUAAACCUAUCUCAUCCUCUCUCACCUCCCCCGAAAUCGACAAUCUCAAAUCCACAAACGCCCGUCUAUCCCAAGAUACCAUCAGAAUCUCCACCCUCCGCGCAGAACGCACCACCCUCGACUCAAAACUCCGCACCCGCAACGAAGAAUUCAAAGAACGCUCCCGCGCGAUCCAAAUGCUGCAGGACGAAAUCCUCACCUACCAGAUCCAGCUCAAUAUCGCAGAAGAAAACGCUGCAAAGCUGCAGAAUGAGAAUCGCGAGCUGGUGAGGAGGUGGAUGGAGAGAGUUAGUCGCGAGGCGGAGAAGUUGAAUGAUGCUAAUGCGUUUCUUGAGAAUCUCGAUCGCUCCGUCCGUCACCGCGAAGCAGAAAAGAGCGAAAAGAGCGAAAAGAGCGAAGAAAACCCUGAAGAAAAGUGACUUUAUGCACUCGCACUCCCCUCCGCAAACUUCUUCAUCCUCGACCGAUCCACUGUCGACACAUAAUAACUUCCCGGCGCGUCCGUCCACGAGACCGAGCCAGAGUAAAACUCGCGCUCCUCGACUUUCAGAAGGUUGAUUGGCGACUCGGCAUUGUGCUGCGUGAUCUUGUGGCCUGGAGGGACGAAUGACUUUAGCGAGACAAUCUUUGUCCCGUCUUU